GACGUCACGAAGCUGUCCUCGCGAGAGCAGUGGAGGAGAGCAAUGAGGAGAGCGCGAGAGAUGCGGCUUAGUGAGGGGAGCACUUCAACAGCAAGACAAAUAGCUAUAUCACUGAAAAACGGACGGGUUCAUUGUAAUAUGUCCUCGAAACGUUUUUGUAUCUACUACUGGGAUAUUUAGCCUAUGUUUUGAUGCAGUCUACCUAUGUAGCCUACACCGGAGAGGUAACUGUAGCCAAGCGAAACAGUGAAGAACAGGCGGCCGGUUGAGGACAGCCGGGGACUCUCACAGCUACUUUCAGAGAUGUCCCUUCUCUGUGUCAGAGUGAAGAAAGCCAAGCUGGAUGGACCCCAAGAGAAGUUCAACACGUACUUGACCCUGAAGGUGCAGAAUGUGAAGAGCACCACCAUCGCUGUCCGGGGCAGCAUGCCCAGUUGGGAGCAGGACUUCAUGUUUGAGAUCAACAGGCUGGACCUGGGGCUGACGGUGGAGGUGUGGAAUAAAGGGUUAAUAUGGGACACCAUGGUGGGAACAGUGUGGAUCCCCCUGCACAGCAUCCGCCAAUCAAACGUGGAGAGUCCGGGGGACUGGCUGACCCUGGACUCCCAGGCCAUCAUGGCGGACAACGAUAUCUGUGGAACCAAAGACCCCACCUUACACCAGGUGCUGCUGGACACACGCUUUGAACUGCCUCUGGAUAUCCCUGAGGAGGAGGCACUCUAUUGGGCCAAAAAACUGGAGCAACUCAACGCCAUGAGAGAUCAGGAUAUAACUAACCAGUACCCAUACCAAGAAGACCAGGAGCGACCACUUCCUGUCCCAGGGACACAGUGCUGUAACUGGAGUCUGUGGGGAGACCAACAAAAUGAGGACCCAGACAGUGCUGUGGAUGACAGAGACAGUGACUAUCGAAGUGAGACCAGUAAUGGCAUCCCUCCUCCUUACUACACCACGUCCCAGCCCAAUGCCUCCGUCCACCAGUACCCCAUCAGAGACCAGCAGAACCGCCCCUCCUCCUACCCCCCCUCUAACAGCUGUGAACCCCUUGACUACCACCAGAGGGCCAUCAGUCCGACGGGAAGCUAUGCAUCGUCGGCAGAGUUGAGUCACUGCAGCAGCCAGCUGAGUGAGGAGGAGUACGGCCCGGAAUACAGAGAGCGAGACCCUUAUGAUGAGAAUGACUCCUACCACUCCUGCCACUCCUCUGUCAGCUACAGCAAAGGUUCUCCCGACUGGGACCCCGAUGAGACCCAGGGGGCGUAUAGUGACGAGGGGGGCUACAGUAAGGAUGGGGGUGAGGAGGGGGCCAUCUAUGAGGAGGAUGAUGGUGGUCUGUAUGAGGAAGAGGUGGCGAAUGAAGGAGAGGGGCACAUAUAUGACGAUGAGGAUUAUCUUCUGGAUGGGACCCUCAGUGAGGAUAUCCCCUACACCCCUACCCCCACCAGCACGGCACCCCCCACACUGGACGUCCCAGGUGCUUCUAGACCCCCUCUGCAGAAACAGCCCUCUCUGCAUCAACAGCAGGCGCCACCCAGCCAACUGCCCAGCCAUGCCCCAAAUCUGGCCCACCCUCCGGGCAUGGCUCCAGGAGGACAGCCCCCUGGACAGCCAUCCACCCAGGCCCCUCAAGCCCAGUCUCAUCCCCAGCCAGCCCCUUCCCCAGCCCAGUCCUUCUUCUCCAUGGCCAAACCCUUCUCAGCAGCAGUAACAGGCCUGGCCUCCUCUUUCCUGUCUUCUGGAGUCCCUACUGCCCAACCUGCUCAGGCUCACCCCCCAGCAUCACAACCCCAUCCCCAGUCUGCCUCCUCCAUCCCCCCAUCUCACCCCGCCACUACCUCCCAUGGGCCCCAGUCCACAACCACUGGCCCCCCCUCUCAGCUGACCACCUCCACAGCCUCUCCCUCUGUUGCACAUACAACCACCCAAUCAGAGGGCCCUGACCAACUCCUCCUAGAGGAAGACAAACCCCUUCCCCCAAAAAUUAGGACCCCUACCCCGACAGAGGAGGAGCACCCCAUGGAAGAUGAGGACCAACGGUAUGACGAGAGUCGCCCCCCCACCCCCGUAGAGGAGGAGGAACCCCUCCCAGAGAGUCCUCCUGUAGAUGAGGAGCCCAAGGAGCCGGUGGACCCGUCUGUAAGGGCUAGGGGGAACUGGCGACGAAUCAUCGACAAGGUCCAACAGCAGCUUCGAGAGGCACGAGGAGAGACAUCCAAUUCCUUGUGGUUUGGUAAAGGAGGGGUAGGAGAGGUUCUGUACAGCAUCGACAGCAUGCCUGACCUACGCAAGAAGAAAGGCCCCACCCUGGUCAGAGACCUCUUACAGGCCAUGUCUAUGGCCUCUCAGAAUGCUCGGAAGGCUGGGAUCACCACGGCGAUGGCCUGCAGCACCCUUGGCAAUGAGGACCUGAAGAGUCAUGUGUACAAGAAGACUCUACAGGCUCUGAUCUACCCCAUCUCCUGCACCACGCCCCAUAACUUUGAGGUGUGGACGGCCACCACACCCACCUACUGCUAUGAGUGUGAGGGGCUGCUGUGGGGCAUCGCCCGCCAGGGCAUGAGGUGCUCCGAGUGCGGGGUCAAAUGUCACGACAAGUGCCAGGACCUUCUCAAUGCCGACUGCCUGCAGAGGGCAGCGGAGAAGAGUUCUAAGCAUGGGGCGGAGGACCGAACCCAGAACAUCAUCAUGGUUUUAAAGGACAGGAUGAAGAUCAGAGAGAGGAACAAACCAGAAAUCUUCGAGCUCAUCCAGGAAGUGUUUAGUGUCAUCAAGGCGACGCACGGCACGCAGAUGAAGCAGAUCAAACAGAGCGUGCUCGAUGGGACAUCCAAGUGGUCGGCCAUGAUCAGCAUGACUGUGCAGUGUGCACAGGGCCUUCAGGCCAAGGACAAGACUGGCUCCAGUGAUCCCUACGUCACAGUUCAGGUGGGCAAGACCAAGAAGAGGACCAAGACCAUCUAUGGUAACCUCAACCCUGUCUGGGAUGAGAACUUCCACUUCGAAUGCCACAACUCAUCGGACCGGAUCAAGGUACGCGUGUGGGACGAAGACGAUGACAUCAAGUCCAGGGUGAAGCAGAAGUUCAAACGGGAGUCCGAUGACUUCCUGGGUCAGACCAUCAUUGAGGUCCGCACACUCAGCGGCGAGAUGGACGUAUGGUACAACCUGGACAAGAGAACAGACAAGUCGGCUGUAUCUGGAGCCAUCCGGAUGCACAUCAGUGUAGAGAUCAAAGGAGAGGAGACUGUGGCUCCCUACCAUGUCCAGUACACCUGUCUACACGAACACCUGUUCCAGUACACUACAGAGGAGCAGAACAGUGGUGUGGUGAAGAUACCUGAUGCCAAAGGAGACGACGCGUGGAAGGUGUACUUCGAGGAGACUCCUCAGGAGAUCGUGGAUGAGUUCGCCAUGCGUUACGGAGUGGAGUCCAUCUACCAGGCUAUGACCCAUUUUGCAUGCCUGUCGUCUAAGUACAUGUGCCCUGGUGUACCCGCGGUGAUGAGUACCCUUCUGGCCAACAUCAAUGCCUACUAUGCUCACACCACCCAGUCCACCAAUAACGUCUCGGCAUCAGACCGUUUCGCCGCAUCCAACUUUGGAAAGGACAGGUUUGUAAAACUUCUAGACCAGCUCCACAACUCUCUGAGGAUUGACCUUUCCAUGUACAGGAAUAACUUCCCGGCUAGUAGCCCUGAGAGGCUGCAGGACCUCAAGUCCACUGUAGACCUGCUGACCAGCAUCACCUUCUUCAGAAUGAAGGUCCAGGAGCUGCAGAGCCCCCCCAGGGCCAGUCAGGUGGUGAAGGACUGUGUCAAAGCCUGUCUCAACUCCACAUACGAAUACAUCUUCAACAACUGCCACGAACUCUAUGGCAGAGAGUACCAGACAGACCCUGCUAAGGCUGACAUUCCAGAAGAGCAGGGUCCCAGCAUCAAGAACUUGGAUUUCUGGUCCAAACUCAUCACCCUCAUCGUCUCCAUCAUAGAAGAGGACAAGAACUCCUACACACCCUGUCUCAACCAGUUUCCUCAGGAACUGAACGUGGGCAUCAUCAGUGCUGAGGUCAUGUGGAACAUGUUUGCUCAAGACAUGAGAUAUGCCAUGGAGGAGCAUGAGAAAAACCGCCUAUGUAAGAGUGCUGAUUACAUGAACCUGCACUUCAAGGUUAAGUGGCUCUACAAUGAAUACUGUAAAGAGCUGCCCACCUUCCAGAAACGUGUACCUGAGUAUCCAGCAUGGUUUGAGCCGUUUGUCAUCCAGUGGUUGGACGAGAACGAGGAAGUGUCCAGAGACUUCCUGCACGGUGCCCUAGUGAGGGACACAAAGGACGGGUUCCAGGUAACGUCUGAGCAUGCUCUGUUCUCAUGCUCGGUGGUGGACGUGUUCUCCCAGCUCAACCAGAGCUUUGAGAUCAUACGCAAGCUAGAGUGUCCCGACCCCCAGAUCGUAGGCAGCUACAUGAAGAGAUUCGCCACGACCAUCGGCAAUGUCCUGCUGUCCUAUGCUGAGAUCAUUUCCAAGGAGUUCCCCAAACAGUGCGGGAACAAAGAGAAAGAGAAAGUGCCUUGUAUCAUCAUCAAUAACAUCCAGCAGCUGAGAGUGCAGCUGGAGAAGAUGUUUGAGGCCAUGGGAGGCAAAAAUCUUAACGUGGAGGCCAGUGACUUCCUGAAGGACCUGCAAUUAAAGCUCAACAACGUCAUGGACGACCUUAGUAGGAUAUUUGCCGUCAGUUUCCAGCCCCAUAUUGAGGAGAACGUGAAGCAGAUGGGCGACAUCCUGGGUCAGGUGAAGGGACAGACUGUUACUGACAACAACAGCGUGGCCGGGGACGCAGACAACGUCCUGCAGCCCAUCAUGGACUUCCUCGACACCAACCUGUCACUGUUUGCUAAGAUCUGCGAGAAGACCGUGCUGAAGAGAGUGCUGAAGGAACUGUGGAAACUGGUUAUUAACACUAUGGAGAAAAGCAUCGUGCUCCCACCAUUCACAGACCAGUCAGGCACUCAGUUGAUCCUGAAUGCAGCUAAGGAGUUGGGCCAGCUCUCCAAGCUCAAGGAGCACAUGGUGCGAGAGGAGGCCAAGGCUCUCACUCCUAAACAGUGUGCCGUCAUAGAGCUCGCAUUGGACACUAUUAAGCAAUACUUCCAUGCCGGCGGUGUGGGCCUGAAGAAGACGUUCCUGGAGAAGAGUCCUGACCUGAAGUCUCUGCACUACGCCCUGUCCCUCUACACACAACACACUGACAAGCUCAUCAGGAAGUUUGUCCUCUCCCAAAACACUCAGGUCCAUGGAGGGAAGGGGGUCAGGUAUACCCUGAAUGAAGACACAUUACCAGAGAAGGGGUCGGGAGUGGAGGAGCCAAUCGGAGAGGUGGUCAUGCAUGUGGAGAUCUUCACCCACCCCAACACUGGAGAACACAAGAUCACUGUGAGAGUGGUGGCUGCCAAUGACAUUAAGUGGCAGACCCAGGGAAUCUUCCGUCCCUUCGUGGAGGUCUACAUCAUCGGUCCCCACCUCAGUGACAAGAAGAGGAAACACGCCACCAAGUCGAAGAACAACAGCUGGUCGCCCAAGUUUAACGAGACCUUUCAGUAUUCCCUGGGAAGUGAGUUGGGUCCUGAGGGUUAUGAGCUGCAGCUGUGUGUGAAGGACUACUGCUUCGCCAGGGAGGACCGUACAGUGGGUAUGGCCCUGAUGCAGUUGAAGGACAUGGCCUCUAGGGGCAGCGUGACGUGCUGGCUCCCCCUGGGGAAGAGGGUCCACAUGGACGAGACGGGCCUGACAGUACUGAGGAUCCUAUCCCAACGCAACAACGAUGAGGUGGCCAAAGAGUUCGUCAAGCUGAAGUCAGACCAGCGCCCUGCUGAAGAGGGACAGGGGAGCUGAGAGAACAGGUCGAGAGAUACUGAUGCAGACACACACAGUCACGGAACAUACACAGGGGUGCACAAAAACGUGCACUCUAUAUACACACAAACAAUACAGGCAAACACAUACGUGAACCCACACAACAUAUGCAUAUGUUAUACAAAACAUGGUCAUAAACACACUAAUGAUCUCUAUCACAAUGAUUUAGCACGUGUCCAAACACUGUCCAACGGUUCCUUCGGCCAUAGAUAGAUUUUGUACACCUAUCAAUCAGUUUAUCAAUUUCUGCUGCUCUCUUUCACUCUUGCAUAUUACAUCCAAUUUUUCUAUACAUUUAAUGCAGAAAUGUGAGAUUGUGAAAAAAAUAUCACCUGAGGAGUUAUGGAUGACUUUGCACUUUGACCUCUGCAUGUUCAGGAGAGCAGCCCUAACCCUAACCCCAACUCUUACUCCUCUGUCUGUCAAUAUAACAGUCUGUUGUUCUCUCUGUUUUUUUUAUGUUGUGCUGUCUUCCUGCUGUGUGAUGUGUUUUGGGUAGAAGAUGCCAUAAGGCACAGAUCUAGGAUCAGCGUACAAUCCCCUUGUCCUCACUUUGCCUGUUAGGGAGGUGGAAAUUUAACUCUGAUCUUACAGCGCCUUAUGAAAGUAUUCAGACCCCUAGACUUUUUCCACAUUUUGUUACGUUACAGCCUUGUUCUAAAAUGGAUUAAAUGGAUUUUUUACUCAUCAAUCCACACACAAUACCCCAUAAUGACAAUGCAAAAAAAAAGAAUUGGGUUGUUUUUUCUCAUUCAUAAAAAAUAUCACAUUUAAGUAAGUAUUCAGACACUUUACUCAGUACUUUUGUUGAAGCACCUUUGGCAGCGAUUACAG